CAGUCCAUGUAAAUAUUGACUAAUAUGUAGUUGACAAUAAAAUAUGUAAAAUUAUAUAUGUACAUAUGCUAUUGUGAACGAAUAUAUCGAUAUAUCUUUAACGGACUAUUGUUAUUUUAAGGCUCUUCUAAGAAUUGGGAUAUAAUGAAAACUGAAAACGUUUAGAUAUUUGAAAAACAUCUGAUAAUAUAGCGGAUAUUUGCCAUAAAUGAUUGAAAAAGUUUAUUGUAUUGAUUUUGAGAGGUCAUUAAAUUUUAGAUUGAAUUUAACGAUAUACACAACAACGGCAUAAAUGGUGUAAAUAUGAGGAUACUUGGAUUUCAGAUUUCUUUUCUGCUGUUGGUGUUCAAUGGUGUACAGCUAAAUCAAGUGUGUGAUACAUUUCUCAAAGUUCCAGACGAUAGCAAACGUGUUUAUAAAUACGGUGACAGUGUGAAUUUUAGCUGUGAAGUCAACUCAACGUCUGUCAGUCACAAUAUCUCGACUUUUUAUCUUUUGCAUUCAGAAAGUCAAACUAAGUUUCCAAUAACUAAAGUAUCGGGAAACGUUGGUUUCGCAAAUGUCAAGGUCGUUUCCAGGGAUUCGGGCGGGAACUAUAGUUGUCGCUAUGGCAACUGCACGAUUGACACUUUACUUUCCUUGUCUUUUGUGAAAGUUGACAAGUGUAGCUUUCCGGCACAAAAUAUAACCAAAGCCCCGACCAUAGACUGUAAAGUGAACGAUUUAUUUAACAUGACCUGUAGCUGGACGUCCUUGACCGAUGAUGGUUGUACGAUGUGGAAAGCCAUGUAUAAGUCAGAGGAAAUGGACAAGUACAAGUGUUGCUCAGCAGACGGCAGUGGAAAUUGCACGUCAUCAUAUGGAAGCAGACGACAUUGUAACAUACCGGAUACAGAUUUCAAUAGAUUCAUCCCUUUCAACAUAACACUCAUAGAAAAGUCAGAACAAGGGACAAAUGAAUAUAACUAUACUGUGGUAGGAAGUGACAAAAUAUCAAGCGUUGAUAUUUACCCGGGUGUGACAAUUCAGCCUGGACUCGACGCACACACCCUUGUGGUCGGGUUCACCCUCCACCAUCCUCCAUCAUCAGUUGGCGGUAUGGUUUGUCACGUGAUAUACUUAUCAGAAUGGAAGCUUCAAAAUGAUUUGAAAAUCACACUGGACACGAAUCAUUUUGAUCUCGAUGUUAAUAUAUCGCUUCACCAUCUUAUUCCUUUUACUCGUUACACCGUGAAUAUUUCCUGCAAGCCAGUAACCAGCCAUUACUGGAGCAAUCAGGUCACGGGUUUAGGCAGGACGAGACCCGCAGUGCCAUUACAUGUGCCGAAGAUAAUUGGAUAUUCUAAUAUAUUGACAAAGUCCUCUUCCACCAGUAACAGCAAGUUGUUUCUAUAUUUAGAGCCGUUGACGAAAAGUCUUUGGUAUGGAAUGAACGCAUCUUACUUGGUCAUAAUGGCUGAUGAUGAGACAACUUAUAACCAAAGCAUUCCCGCCUACACAGUGACGUCAGAAUUGUAUCAGCUAAUCGACAAAAACCAAUCCUCCUGCAUGAUCAGCGUUCGUACCGAAAACGAGGCUGGGUCUUCAAAGCGGUCGGAUCCUGUUCGUAUUGCCAAUCUAAACGAGGAAGAUCAACCGGUGCUUGUUGUCGAGAAGACCAGGGGCAACAUACAGCUAUUACUGUACUCUAAAUAUGACGAUAACUAUGAAGUUUCAACGUAUUACUACUGUCAAGGCACACCAAAUACAUAUCCACCUAUCUGCAAAACUAAUUUAGAGAAGACAUUCGAACCAAGAUUUCAGCUGCCUGGCAACUUGACUAAUUAUUCAAGUGAAUGGUACUUUGGUAUGACGUCAUCAGAGGAGGAUGGGAGAAUCAUAUGGUCCAACUGUGUAUUAUCAUCGGAGAACGCGGUGAGUCAGAAACAAGAUCAACUCGAACUAUCUGCAUCUGCGUUACCUAGCAACGAGAGCGUCGCGAGACUACACCUUCUCUUUGAUUACUGCAGCCUGAAGAAAAGACCGCUUUUGUAUGAAGUUGCAAUCCGUGAAGCGAAACAAAACCAAACUGAUAUCUGCAGUAUCAAUAAUAUAUCAGCGUUUCAAAAUUUCUCUGCCACGCCUUUUGUCAGAGACCUUUACGUUUUUGUUGGUAGUAUGGCAAAUGUCACAUUUUGUUUCCGGAUUCAGUACAGUGAUAAUAAUUUGGAAUCUAGUCACAUCACAUUCCAUUUUGACAGGAAUAAUAAAAUAGGUAAGAUUCAUUCUACUUUAUUUCAAUUAUCAUAUUAUUUUCAGAUUGAAGUACCUGGACAGAAGACGAACAAAAACAUCACAAUCAUCAUUUCUGUGCUGUGUUCCACUGUUGUUGGUCUCUUAAUUUUAAUAAAAUUAUGCAGAAAUAGAAUGAAAACUUUGCAGGAGAGAAACAAUAUAUCUGAUGACAUUUUAACCGAAAUUUUAAAAGAUACACAGGAAUAUAUGACCGCAGAGAAUGACACUAGUAGCUCUAACGAGUUGAGUGAAUCUUCCGGAAUAUAUUCCAUCUCUAGAAGCGUUUCCGAUGAAAGUGUCCAAGAUGAUCAUACAGAUGUCAAAACACUACAUGUUCAACAAGAUAGAACCAUUGCAUUUGAAAACCCACUCGUCGGCACUGAGCUUCAACUACCUUUGCCGGUGCCAUCAUCUGACGGACUGUCGGAUUCGGAUGAUAAUUAUGCAACAACUGGUCCUGAAGAAAUGCGUAAAUAUGUUAACGAGCUGCAGAAACAAUUUGUAGAAAACGAAACAGUAGGUAAAAACGUUAACACACAACUUAACGGCACUUCAACGAACUUUGAACAACUGCAUGGUUCCGGUGAUCAAAUAAAUGAUUUGCAUCACGUUAAUGACAAGGGAAUCGUUAUUUCUGAAGAUGUUGAUGAUUAUGCAACACCUGUUAUUGGCGCAAUGGUUGAAAUUAAAUCUGACGGAUACGAGAUAGCUAGGGACCAGAUUAUCUUAAGCAAUGAAUAUCCUCAAGGCAAUGAUCAACAGAGGGAAUCUAUCUCAUCUUUUUACUGACGGUGAAAGCAUUACUCACGGCGAUGAAUUGAACUUGUUAAGCGAAGCAAAUGACUCUUCUGCAGAACAAUUUCCGCUUUCAAAUUCGAUAUCAUUCGGGGAAUACUUCACGGCAAUGGCAUCGCAGUCCAACAAUUCCAAUACAGUUCAAAACGAUAGUUACUUAUUGGCACAUGCCGAUGUUAAUUCUAACGGUAGUCUUUCAAGUAGGCAAUCUUCAUAUACAAUAAAUACACAACGAAGACAUUUAAACGCACAAUUUAAUUAUUUGAAUUCGGUUAUUUUGCCGCGAAUGAGCGUUGAGUCUUCUACACCUUCAACUUCCUCUUUAGGUGAAUACAUGAUAGCCGAGCAAGAGGAUGUCGUUAGUUCAGGUUUAACUUAUGUAGACGAUUACUGCACAGCCGAGGCUUUCGAAAGCCCAAGCAACUUCUUUGGGGAUCCUUCGUUACAUGGUUUGAACUCAAGUGAUACAGGAAACAUUUUUACCUCUGACAGAUCUCACAUAGGUGUCACAUCUGAUAGAUUGUCAGAUAAUUUAGAUGAUGAACCUCUGGGCGACUAUCAAAUGGCAUCAUUAUCAACUCGAACAAAUAAUGAUGUCCCUGCUUUUGGCAAUUUCCCUGACAUGAUUGAGUUGACAGAAAGGAGAUGACAGGACAGAAAUAGUGUCUCAGAAACAGAAAAUAAUCAUGUUAAAAUCUUCUGAUGCUUUAUUAAAGAUAUAGUAUGCUCACCAUUGAGUAAAAUAUUUUAAUAACAGAAAUUAAUUUAAAUCUAUGAAAUUCUUAAUGAAUAUGUCUAAUUUGAGUAAAAGAAUGAUUAAGCUAUGUAUGGGAAUCUGCGUUCCUUUUACAGGUCAAGUAAAGCUGGUCUUAUCUUUAAAAAAACUGCCAGUUUUUUUAAUGACACUAUAUAUUCAUUUUGUGGCUACCUAUAAUGUGUAGAAUUUUAAACAUAAUAAUUAUAUCUACGUCAAAACAUGUUUAGUUUAUAUUUUCAAAGAGACUGUACAGCAAUAUUUCUAAUAUCAAAUUUGAGCAUAGUAUAUCUUUGAAUAAAAGUAAAAUGUCUCACAAAAUAGGAUUUUUUUGGUCCAAUAAAAAACUAUACAAUGUAGAAACAAUGUAUACAAAUUUUUAUAAAUGACAGAGAUCUGUUUCGCAGUGAUACAGCACAGUAUUGGUUAACUAAAAACUGGUUCUUUGGUAGGGAUUAGUUUUGAUGUUGAAAUCGGACAUUUAAAGAGGAUAUUCAAUAUGUAAUGCGAUCCAUUUUUGAUUAAGAUUAGCUUUGAUUGAGUAGUUGAAAUACUAUUGAAUAUGUUUUGUGUUUGUCAGAAAUAUGAAAUGUUUGAUUGAUUGAUUGAUUGAUUAAUACAAGUAAUACGCUCUUUGUAAACAUUUGUGCAAAUAUCAUUACUGUUGAAGUAAGUGAGAAUUGCAGUUUUUUUUCCUUUCCACAACCUAAUGUUUAUGUGUUUUCUAUUCAGGAAAGGAAUGUUUUGCAAUUAUGAAAGAAAAACAAAGAUUAAAUAAAUUGAUAUGACAUUUCAACAUAGUUUGAAGAAUUUUUACUUUUAUAUUUAUCAUUAUUUCUGUAAUAUUAUGUACAUGUAUACCAAAUAUUAUGUAAAACUUCCUUUAGUUUUUCUUCCUCCUCAUAGCUGUUUAUAAAACAUUUUUAUAAGCCUUUUACUUUUACUUAAUGCACAAAACCUUCAGUUAAGUUUAUAAAAUAGAGAAAAUCAGAAACCCUACAUUUGAAUAUGAUAUAUAUGUAGAAGUCACAAUGUAUAUUUUCGAUUUAGCAUGAUUCUCAUACUUUCGUUGAUACCUUUAUAAAAGUCACUCAUAAAUUAACAUUUCAGUAAUAGUAGAUACGAUCUAGUGCAGUUUCAAUACGUUUCUGAAAUUGACCUAUCCUAGUCUGAUAUAAAAUAUUCACAUGCUUAACAUCAAUUUCAUUUAUUAUUAUUUAAUAAGUUCAUCGGAUCUGUUUGGAAACUUAGCUAAACAUGAAUAUUUUUAUUACUGUACAAUUAGUUUAUAAGUUGAUUGUCGUGUUCAAACUGAAAUUGGUGCAUAUUAAUUUUUAUAUAGUUUGUCGUGAAUUAAAAGUGUACAUAUAAAUAAAUUGUAAAUCAGUUUAUGUUCAAUGUCUU